AUGUCGACUGUAUCAGCACCUAGGCCGAGAGGCGCCACCCCAAGGACACAGUCCGAAACCUGCCUGCGGUUGCAGUCAAGAUCCUACGCCAGCCUGUCCAUCCCCGGGCUCGCUCUGCCCGCCGACUACGUGCCCCCGACGCAACCCCCGAGCGCCCGGCGACCAGAGGUCCGAAAGGCCCAGCUUCUCCGAACCUACACUUCUCUCCUCCGAUCCACUCCCCUGAUCCUGAUGUUUCAGCACAACAACCUGACCGCGACGGAGUGGGCUGCCAUCAGGAGAGAACUCAACCUCGCGCUCGCCAACGUGCCCGUGCCGGGCGCCACCACCCCUGCGGCCGAUGGCAGCGAUGCGCCCCUGGACAUCACGUCCAAGAUCCAGCUGCAGGUCGUCCGGACGCGCAUCUUCGACGUCGCCCUCAAGGUCGUCGAGUUCUUCGACCCGGCGGCCGUGCAGGCCGAGGCCGGCGCCAAGGGCGUCUACAACCACGAUCUGUCGAGGGCCGCCUUUGCGGCCAUGAAGGGCGCCAGCGCCGACCCCUCCAAGAUCCCCGAGAGCUCGACCUACGGCGAGCUCGCGCCCCUGAUGGUCGGCCCGCUGGCCCUGCUGACCCUGCCGGCCGUCUCGCCCGCCCACCUCGCCGCGGCGCUGUCGAUCCUGGCGCCCAGCCCGCCGGCCUUCCCGGCCCCGACGCGCAAGAAGAACCCGGGCUACUACGACGCGACGGUGCAGAACGGCCUGCAGAAGCUGCUGCUGGUCGGGGGCAGGAUCGAGGGCAAGGUGUUUGACACGGACGGCGUGAGGUGGGUCGGCGGCAUCGAGGGCGGCCUCGACGGCCUCCGCGCGCAGCUCGUGGCUAUGCUGCAGCAGGCUGGCGUCGGUCUCACGACCGUUCUCGAGGGCGCUGGCAAGAGCCUGUACGUUACCAUGGAGAGCCGCAAGGAGAUGCUGGAGAAGGACGAGAAGGGCCCCGAGGCUGGGGCCGAGGCCGAGGCUGAGAAGAAGGAGUGA